UGAAUUGACUACUUUGACUCUCGUUCUUUGUGGGCCGACUAGUCUUCCGAUGAUGGCAAAGAGAUGACGAUGAUGGUGAUUUCGAAAUUCAAAAAAGCCGUUCUCCUUUUUCCCUCCGAAAAAAAUACAGUAUCGUCUCCGAACAGAAGGCUUCCGACAAAUUCGAGUUCGAGUAUUUACUGUUGGACGGGCAAAAAACUUAAAAAUACAUACAAGUACUUUAUUUUACCGUACGAUACCGUACGAGUACUCGUACCUCACUCGGUCGGAGGAACAAUUUCACACUGCGCUGUUGCUCUGCAAACCCUUGGGUGGAUGCGAUCCGGAAGAAGGGCAGGGACCACACGGCAUUGUACGGUACGCGAACCAACACGGCGACAGCAUGCCAAAACCCAAAAAGCCCAUCGGACUGCUGCUGCUCGUGGCACUGGUCCUGUAUUCGAUUGGUUCCGUGGCGAGGUUUCAGGCCUCCUUUUACCGAAAAACGCCGGCGGUGGAGGUGGUGGUGGAGUCGCUGCUGCCGGCUGCUGCUGCUGCUGUUUCUUCUUCUUCUUCCAACUCCUCCUCGCCGUCUUUGCCACCCCCGCCGCCGGUAGAGGCCAUUGGGACAAGCGAGACAAAGGAUGGCGGAUCCGAGCCAUCGAACUCGCCAAUACCAAUCCCAAUGCUAUUGCCAUUGGAAGAACAAUACCAGCGCAAAAAGAAGGCGUUGCUAGAGAUGGCAGCCGAGGCAGCGAUGAAUGCAGCAAGCAACACAACCACCACACACCAAGCCAGGAACGAACCGUUCCAACCGAGCACCGCGGAACAAAAAGAGAGUGAAAACCAGAAACAGAUAAACCAGAAACAGAAACAGAAAAACCAGAAACAGAAAAAAAAGAAACAAAAAAAGAAACAACCCCACAACGACAUGACGAUCGUCGUCCUCUCCACGGAUCGCUUCGGAUCCCUCCGGCGGUUGCUGCGUUCCCUGCUGGCUGCCGACUACACCGAUCCCUCUCCCCGCGACGCAGGCCAAGGAAACAUCCCGGACCACCCAAAGACAAACCGUUCCGCCACCUGCUGCCGGGAGGGCCGGGGGCAAGCGAUCGACCUGGUGGUCCUCUUCGACCGCCCCCCCCGGUUCUCGAGCGAAGCGCCGUGGGGGGACCGGCGCGGCGAUUCCCCCUUGUCGCACAGCAAUUCCAACAGCAGCAGCAGCAACAACAGCACCACGACCGAGGAGGACCAUUGGGAGGAGCAGAUCGCCUCCCUCGAGCGCUGGAUCGAGAGCGAGUGGAACCACGGGGCAGCGACGGUUUCGAUCGGAAGCAGCGGUGGUUCGGAACAAGCCCCUCCGCCUCGGGAGAACGACACGGAGGGCGGGAAGCAGCACGAGCGGCAACGUCCGCCUCCCGUCCCGUGGACGCCGAGGACCGACCAAGACCGGGCCCUGAUCCUCGACGAAUCCGAUCCAGAAGUUCCCGUGUGGUACUACCGGUGGCUGUCGGAGGCCCACGACCGCUACGGGCCGACCUCCGGAUGCCUCGAGCGGAACGGAAAACGCACGGAACGUGGCACCUUGAUCCCGGACCUGGCCUCGAUCCACCCCGGGGCCGGCCCGGGGGCCGUCCUUCCGGAAGGAGCUGCGCCCGGAACGCCGUUUUUGCACCCCCUGCCGCUGCUCGGAUCCCACGGGGUUUCGCCACUGGCCCGCGUUUGGAGGGAGUUUACAGGUGCGCCUCGUCUCGUCUCGUCGUUUCGGUUUGCGUCGAUCGGGAUCGAAUCGCACGAAUCGAGGCAUGGAAGAUCGAAUUCCAGCGCGCAAUCCAUGGUCCAAAACUGGUCGGACGAAACUUGGGAACCGACUAGUAGCAGCCUGUGGAAUCCUCGUCUUGAUGCGAUCAAGACCAACGCAGUGAAUCCACCUCGACUCACUCGAUCCUUUUUUCUUUUGUCUCCUUUUGUUGUCGUCGAUCUUCCAACCGAAUCCACAGUCUUUGUGGAAUGCACUUCCAAUGUGAACGAGUUUGUUGGCAGGUGCUUCAGCCCCGGCAACAAGAUGGAGCAAAAAAAAGCCGAGAGGGCAUCGAAAUCCCUUUCACCGAAGCGGAUCGCGACACCCAUCGACGCACCGGGCUUUGUCGAACGGUACGAACACAAGCACCACAACAAACGCCAUGCAUGGAUGCAGCGCUUCGCUUCCUUUUGCCAACAGAAGCAGCUCUACAGCCUCUAUCAAAAUACAGCAACAGCGACGAACGAAAGCGAAAAUGCAAACGCGACUGCAACAGUGACUGCCACUUCGAACCGUGCCAACGGAACUUUUCCCCCGAAAGAGUCCCUACCACCGCUGUUGCAACACGGCGAUGCUGGUGGUGGCAGCGACGGAAGCGCGUCCGGCACGCCGUCCUUUCCUUCGGCCACGGAAUUCCCCGCCGCUUCUGCACUGAAACGAUACGACCUCCGUGGCGACAUCGUGGAGACGGUAGACCACCUCGAUCCCGGAGCCCCCCCGUUCCGAUCGGUGGCCUUGUCGAAGGAAGCCGAGCGAUCGAACGACCGGACUCCUCGGUUCCUCCCCCCGGUGGUGAUGAGCGCAGCGAUCGGGUACUCGCUGAAAGACUUUCGGAGAUUCGUCGGGCCCCUAAGAGAAUUCUAUUUCGGUGACGUUUGGUUGCUGAUUGCCAGGGACGAAAGCGGCGGCGGCGGCGAGCACCACGGGGACGGGAACACGGAUUCCCCGGAAGAACCAGCCUCCAUACGGAGGUACCUGAAGGAGCACAACGUCCACUACCUCGAGACCGAUUCGGGCACGUCCAACACGGGGAAAGGCAAGGCCGCCACCACCGGGAGCGAAUGGGAACGAAUCAAUCGCGAUCGCUUCGGGUUCUUCUCCACCGUGUGCGACCCGGACGUGUAUUCCCUGUGCCUCACCACCGACUUUCGGGACUCGGUGUUCCAGUCGAAUCCCUUUGCCAACCUCCACGAGCUACUGCCGCCGCCGCCGAUGUCUCCCCCCCCCGGCGGCGACGGGAAUGGUUGUGCCGGCGACUGCGGAUGCGGGGCCGGCCUUCCCUCCGGCGUCCUGCACGUCUUUGAGCACAACCACGGCAUGAACGAGUGGCACUACAACAAGAUGAAGGAACCGGCCUGCGGCCUGUACGAGCAAUACGGGAAAGUUCUAAAGGGGACCAAGAUCGUCAACGGGGGAAGCAUCAUAGGGUCGCCCCACGCGUUUCGCAGGAUCGGCGAGUACAUGGCCCACCCCGAAUGGGGUGGAUGCAACGACCAGGUUGUGCUGAACGUACUGGUGCGGGCUCCGGGCAACUCGCUCCUGGCAAAUCCCCCAGCGCCACGAGAGGAACCCGAACUCCAAACCGGAAACGAUCGCAACACCAAAUACGACGACGACGACGAAAAGAGUCUCGAUGCGGCCGGUCGUUGCCGUCGCUGCUGCUUUCGUGCUCCGCUCGCUAUAGCCGUGACCGUCCACAAACAAGGCUUUGGCCCCAUGAACGUGGUUGGGAGGGGCGGCCGGAUCGUAAAACGCGGGGAAGAUGCCAAAUUCAUGAACCGCAACUGCAUCGUGUCGCCCGUUGUGCACCAGUACGAUCUCAUAAAAUGCCCGGGUAAGAAGAAGAAAAAGAAGAAAAAAAGGAACUGAGCAGCAAUCGGGGCAGUGGACCAAACCCCAGUUGCAACCCAACGAAACUACGGUGAUAAAACGUUGUUUGAAAC